GUGUUUGUGUCGAGUGAUCCGAGCCGAGCCGAGCCGAGCUGAACCGGACCGAGCCGAGACAGCUGCAGCGGAGAGACGAGCAGGAAAGAGGAGGAAAGAGGAAGAAGAGCAAGAAGAAGAGGAGUCACCGACAUCUGUUUGAUUUAUUCCUUCACAUCAGCUGAUUUCUUUUUUUUCCUGCUCGUGAACGUGAUUAAUUUCAUUCAAUUUUGUUACUAUUAUUAUAUUUGUCGCUCGUGCACCUGAAAGACUUUGUGAUCAGAGGGGACAUCUGCACACAAGGACAACUCUGCAGAAGAAGAGGAAGAAGAGGAAGAGGAGGAAGAAGAAGAUGGAGAAAUCAAACGGCUUCUCCUCGGACAGAACCGUCCUGUGCCUGUUCGACGUGGACGGAACCCUGACUCGACCCAGAGAGAAAAUCGACCCCCAGCUGGACGAGUUCUUCCAGACUCUGAGGAGGAAGGUAAAGAUCGGCAUCGUGGGCGGGUCGGACUACUGCAAGAUCGCAGAGCAGCUCGGGGAGGGAGACGAUGUGAUUCAGAAGUUUGACUACGUGUUUGCCGAGAACGGGACGGUGCAGUACAAAGACGGGAAACUCGUCACGAAACAUGCGAUUCAGAACCAACUCGGGGAGGAGCUUCUGCAGGACCUGAUCAACUUCUGCCUCAGCUACAUGGGGCUCAUCAAGCUGCCAAAGAAAAGGGGGACGUUCAUUGAGUUCAGGAAUGGAAUGCUCAACGUUUCUCCCAUCGGUCGGAGCUGCUCGCCGGAGGAGCGAAUCGAGUUCUCUGAAAUCGACAAGAGGGAGAAGAUCAGGGAGAAAUUUGUUGCAGCACUGAAGGUGAAGUUCGCUGGAAAAGGUCUACGGUUCACCAAAGGUGGACUCAUCAGCUUUGACAUUUUCCCCGAGGGCUGGGACAAGAGGCUGUGUCUGGAGAGGCUGGAGAGAGAGGGCCUGGACACCAUCUACUUCUUCGGCAACGAGACCACAGAUGGAGGAAACGACUUUGAGAUCUUCAACGACCCGCGGACCAUCGGUUUCACCGUUUACAGCCCGGACGACACGGCCAGAAUCUGUCGGGAACUUUUCUGUGACGCUGCACCGAACGAAUCCUGACACGCCCCCCCCUUUUACCCACAAGCCCCUCUGAACUGUGGGUUUCUGCCCAUAUGACUGUUUUUUUUAUGAAACACUAAAAGGUACCACUACUGAUUUUUUUAUUAUCCUUUAAACUUUUGGGGUGAUUUGAUCUCCGGGGUGAUUUGUGAAGUUUUGUUUUUAAAGGGACAGUAACUCAGUAAGUGUUACGUGAAGAAUUGUGUUAAUAAUGUGCCAGAAGACGUGUUGGAAUGUGUGUAGCAUGCGACAAGCUAACAAAACGCUUUGAGAUUACGAAAGAAAAGUUAAUACUCUAGUAGAGUUUAAAAUGAUGUUUUGCACUAACGUUGAGAUAAUAUUAUACCAGUAGUUGUUGAAUUCUACUGAAGCACGAAGAGAUGAUAUUAAACAGGUGACUUUUGCGAGUCUGUUUUGGACGUGAGAAGAAGGAAGCGUUGAAGAAGACAUUUCCUCCUCGAGAGUCGAGGACUAAUGAAUCAUUCCAGAUGUUGUGUCGUGUCUGAACUGGAGGUAAUUUAUUGAUGGUGCAAUCCCCUGAAUGUCAAACGAAUGUGUUCACCUCACAAAGCUGCUGGAAAUGAAAGAAGCUUGAUGUUGUAUUUAUAUUUAAAACUGAAAAUUACUGACUUAAUUAAUUCAUCUUAUCCAGGGAAUUAAGUUACUCUGACUCUGUCAGGCAGUAAGACCACUUUUAAUCUUUUCUACAGCUGUACCAGGAUCUGCUCACUGACUGUUCUGAUGACUGUUGCUAUUUUUUAUUUCAAGCUGUGCUGUUUCCAACAACAGCGUAAAGGGUCUUUGUGAAAAUACCUUUUUUAAUGUUUUUAAAACUGCUAGUUUCAUUUUACCAUAACAAGUUAAUCGUCUGUUUUUCUGUUGUUUGUCAGAAAAGUAAUUUCUGUGAAUAGGAGGCUUUUGAUAAGUCGCCUGUAAACACUCCAUCAUCAUGUAAACACAGGCUUCACUUCUAACAUGUCACUGAUUCAAACUCAUUUAUGAAUUAAAAAAAUAUUUCAAUUGACUGUAAUAAAUCUUUUUUGAUAACA